CCUCCUCAUCCUGCGGCUGAGACGCGGGAUAGCCCCGCUCCUUCUCAGCCCCUUCUCACCUCACAUCCCCGUUUUCCCCUUACACCCCCUUCUCCCCUCACACCCAGCUCUCCCCUCACGGUCCCAUUCCCCCCUGAUGGCCGCUCUCUUCCCUCACAGACCCCGUUCCCUCCCUCACACCCCGCUCUCCCCUCACGGCCCCGCUCUCCUGUCAUGGCCUCUCUUCUCUCGCAUUCUGCGUUUUCCCCUCACACCCCGUUCUCCCGUCAUGGCUCUGCUCUCCCCUCACACCGACGGUGGUCCUGUGACUAUCAGAGGGAAAAGCCCGGGCCGCAGUGGUGCCCUUGCUUCUCAUUUUGGCUGAUCUGUGGUGAUAGAUGAUACCAGUGCUCCUUCAGUUUCAAAGGCUUUGGUCUUGCUACGAACCUCUUGUGUUUGAGACCUGUGACUCAUUUUAAAAGCCUGUUCCUUGUGCCAAGAGGAACAUUGUGCCUUUCCAAGGCCACAGUGUCUGGUGUUUGCCCAGAGAACGUUGCUCAGAUGUGGUUCUUGUAGUACCUCGGGUGUGCCCCACUUUCUGUGUCUGCACUCUUCAGGUGUGCAAAUACCCCAAGCCUUGGCUUUGCUCUGGUGGCAGCUCCCAGGAGGUUCCAUUUGGAGCUGGAGGGAUGGAGGGUGUCAGGAAAAUUCCACAAACGCCAGAAGUUUAUGUCCAAAAAGGAGAGAGAGGAGUCCUGCAACUUCAUUCGAAUAAAGGGAGAAAGUCCACCGGGUCACACACCCACGGAACUUUCUCUCCCGAAUUUUGGGGAGCACAGCCUUCUUUUAUCCCAAACUCCCGGCCCCAUGUUGCCUCUUCCUUUCCCCAUUGGCCGAGGUACUAGGAAGGUACAGCCUUCCCGAACCACCUACCACAUGAACCCCUUUGAACUCAUUGUUUUACCCCAAAGUUCAGGCUUGUGAAGCCACUUGUCUGUUUCAGGAUCCAGGCUGUCUGGACUGCAACAAACCUGCUGCCGAUACAUUAAGACCCAUUUCAAAGACGUUAACACUCAUACCUUCACCCAUCAAAUUGUUCACAAAGACAUUAGCUUUCCUCUCAAGGGGCUUCCUGCUUCUCUGGCACUUUGCUGCAUUACCUGGUGCAGAUUUACCUGGUGCUGCUGGAUAAAGUCAGGACCUAAUUUUUUUCAGCUCCAUUCCUGGCUCUGGACUCUCUCCAGCCCCUCAAUGUCCUUCCUGAACCACCUGGCAUGGACCCCUCAUGAGAGGGUGUUUCCAGUCUUGACAGAAUUUGCUCCUGUGAUGAAAAUAAAAAUGAUAAUAGCAAGCCCAGAGGUCUGUACCACUGCUUCUUGUGGGGCUACAGAACGCACUUGGAGGAAGCAGCCUGGACUGGUGACAAGACACUGGAAACGCCUUUGGAGGAAGGAAAGGAAUGGCCUAGGCAGAUGAGAGACGACAUCCAGGGAUCAGUUUUUUUGGGUCACUGAUAUCUUGUCCAGGGGACCCACUGGACAGCUAUGAAGAGCUCUGUGCUCUGAGUGAACAAAGGCACUGUGGGUCUGGAGACGCAGAGUGACUUCCAGAGGAUCCCCUCAGAAGCUCAGCCUGUAGAGCGGAGAACUUGUAAUCUGUUUGUGCUGACCCCGGAAAGCUGAGCAAAGCAUCAUGAGCAGCAAUCAGACAGUAAAAAUCUUCAAGAAAUCUGCUAUCCCAGGAGUUGUUGUCACUCAGUUUGUGAAUGAUGUUCCACAAGGAUGCAGUACACCUGAUUUUGAGAAGAAACCACUCACUCUGACACUGCAGGAAGGCAAAAAUGCCAUUUUCAGAGCUGUGGUCAAAGGUGUCCCAGCUCCUGAGGUGAAAUGGUCACGUACACGGAAAGGAAUGGAUGAUCCUGCAAAAUAUGAAACGUCCUUCAAUAGUGCUACAAAUGAAUUCAUUCUGCAGAUCAAGAGCCUGGUUCUGGAUGACAGUGAUUUGUAUCGCUGCUCUGCUGUCAAUGCCUACGGAGAGGCCUCGUGCUCUGCUGGCCUCAGGAUCAUCCAAGUUGGCUUUAAGAGGAAGGCAAAAUAUGUUCCUGUUCAUGCUGCUGAUGAGCUCAAGAAGACACUCCUGGACUCCAGGAAGAUGCUGAGGAAGAGGGCUGCAGCACCAAAACCAAAGCCCCUGGACAAAGAAGCUGUGUGGCAGCUGCUGCUGAAUGCAGAUAGGAGAGAUUAUGAGAAAAUCUGUAUGAAAUAUGGAAUUGCUGACUUCCGUGGGAUGCUGAGGAAGCUGCAGGAGAUGAGGAAAGAAACAGAGAGUGAACAAGACAAGUUAAUUCACAGUCUCAAAAACUUUGAACACAUCAAAGUCAACAAGGAAGGAAAUGCUACAUUCAGCCUGGAGAUGGAGCUGAAAAACAGCAACAGCAACGUUUACCUGCUCAAGGACGGCGAGCGGCUCCGGUACGGGACAGGGGACGAGUACAGGAAGCACUGCCUGCGGAGAGUUGGGAGGAGGUACUACUUCACUGUCAACGAUGUGCAGCCAGAGGAUGCAGGGGUGUACCAGGUCAGGGUGGAGGACGUCCCUGUAUUCUCAACUGAACUGGAUGCUCAAGCCAUCCCGGCGCGGUUCCGGCAGCCGCUCUCCGACGUGCGCUGUGCCGAGGCCGGGGACGCCGAGUUCCAGUGUGUGCUGUGCACGCCCUGCCACCAGCCCCUGUGGCUGCACAAAAGCCACCCCCUGCAGGCCGGUGACAAGCACCAGAUCUCUGUGACACCUGAUGGCUUGACCCACAAGCUGAUUGUCAGGAACGUGGGGCCCUCGGACAGCGGCCUGUACACGCUCGACGCGGGACAGGGCUCCUCCAGCGCCUGGCUCCUCGUGGAAUAUGCCAAAGGAAAGAGGACACAGGAUGAAGGAGAAAAUAUUGGAAGGGAGACAUCUGAGUGGCUGAAAGAAACAAUGGCAGACAACGAAAGGGCGAGGAAGCUUCGGCGCCAAGAACAAGCUGCUGCUGCUGAAGGUCGUCCUUCCUUUUCCACACCUUCUGGUGUGGAGAAAAGUGGCUGGUCCAGAAGAGGCCAAGGCAGCAGUCAAGGCAGGGGCCAAGGACACUCCAUUGAUUCUGAUGAUGGAAGCCAAAGAUUUUUGGGAAAAGAAGGGCUACGUAAAACCCACAUGAAUGGAGAGAUGGGGUCUGGGCAGUUUUCUGGAGCAGGUCUAGAUGGAGACUCAGCAGCCAAUGAUGGCAGCAUCUUUGGACUAAAAGGCUUAGGGGGCAGGAGUGGGUUAAGGGCUGUCCAUGGCAUGGACUCUGUGUCAGGCAGAGCAGGUCCUGGUGGUGCAGUAGGAGGGGCAGGUGAAUGGAAUUCUGUGGAUGGCAGAGGUGAAGGUUUGCUGGGUGCUGUUGACAUUGACAUGGAUGAUGGAGAAGGUUUGGGCUCUCAGCAUGACAAGGAUGGGAAUUUAGGUGAUGCCAGUUACAGAGCUGGUUUUGGGGGUGCUGGGAGGUUGGGUGGUGAAAGUUCUGUGCCAGAUGGCCUUGAUCCUGAUUCAACUGGAGUGGGAGCCAGUGUGGGUGAUCUGUUCAGCAGGACUGGUCCAGGAACUGGAGCUGGGGGGAAUGCUGCAGGUGCUGGAAUGGCAGGAGGAAUGAGGUCCCACUAUGGCAAGGAUGGGCAUGCCACUGUGGGUGAUAUGAAUGGAGCAGGUGUAAACAGAGAGGGACAAACAGGGACUCCCUAUGGCAAGGAUGGCCUGACAUCUCAUGCCAUUGGUCACUUAGGGCAGACAGUCUCAUUGUAUGGUCCAGAUGGUCAGGCACUGGCAGCAGGUGCUGGUGGAGCUGGUGCAGGGGGAUUUGGAGUUCCCUAUGGAAAGGAUGGUCUCCCAGCUGGAGCUGGUGGAGCUGGUGUAGGAGUAUUUGGAGAGACUUUGUAUGGUCCAGAUGGUCAGCCACUUGGAGCAGGUGUUGCUGGUGCAGGGGGAUUUGGAGUUCCCUAUGGAAAGGAUGGUCUCCCAGCUGGGGCUGGUUUUGGUGGUGUUGGUGCAGGGGAACUUGGGGCUCCCUAUGGGAAAGAUGGUCUUCCAAUUGGAGCAGGUGCUGGUGGGGCUGGUGGUGCAGGGGGACUUGGAUCUCUCUAUGGAAAGGAUGGUCUCCCAGCUGGAGUUGGUGGAGCUGGUGUAGGAGGAUUUGGAGAGGCUUUGUAUGGUCCAGAUGGUCGGCCACUUGGAGCAGGUGCUGCUGGGGUUGCUGGUGCAGGGGGAUUUGGAGUUCCCUAUGGAAAGGACAGUUUCCCAGCUGGAGCUGGUGGAGCUGGUGUAGGAGGAUUUGGAGAGGCUUUGUAUGGUCCAGAUGGUCGGCCACUUGGAGCAGGUGCUGGUGCUGGUGGUGGUGCUGGUGCAGGGGGAUUUGGAUCUCCCUAUGGAAAGGAUGGUCUACCAGCUGGAGCAGGUGCUGGUGGUGCAGGAGGACUUGGAGAGGCUUUGUAUGGUCCAGAUGGUUGGCCACUUGGAGCAGGUGCUGGUGCUGGUGCAGGGGGAUUUGGAAUUCCCUAUGGAAAGGAUGGUCUCCCAGUUGGAGCUGGUGUUGGUGGGUCUGGUGGUACAGGGGGACUUGGAUCUCCCUAUGGGAAGGAUGGUCUCCCAGCUGGGGCUGGUUUUGGCGGUGUUGGUGCAGGGGGAUUUGGAGCUCCCUAUGGGAAGGAUGGUCUCCCAGCUGGAGCUGGUGUAGCUGGUGCAGGAGAGGCUUUAUAUGGUCCAGAUGGCCAGCCACUUGGAGCAGGUGUUGCUGGUGCUGGUUCUGCGAGUGCCAGGGGAAUUGGAGCUCCCUAUGGAAAGGAUGGUCUGCCAGUUGGAGCAGGUGCUGGUGGGGCUGGUGGUGCAGGGGGAGUUGGGGGUCCCUAUGGAAAGGAUGGUCUCCCAGUUGGGGCAGGUGCUGCUGGGACUGGUGCAGGGGGUGUUGGGGGUCCCUAUGGAAAGGAUGGUCUCCCAGUUGGGGCAGGUGCUGGCAUUAGUGGUGCAGGGGGUGUUGGGGGUCCCUAUGGAAAGGAUGGUCUCCCAGUUGGGGCAGGUGCUGGCAUUAGUGGUGCAGGGGGUGUUGGGGGUCCCUAUGGAAAGGAUGGUCUCCCAGUUGGGGCAGGUGCUGGCAUUAGUGGUGCAGGGGGUGUUGGGUCUCCCUAUGGAAAGGAUGGUCUCCCAGUUGGGGCAGGUGCUGCUGGGACUGGUGCAGGGGGAGUUGGGGGUCCCUAUGGAAAGGAUGGUCUGCCAGUUGGAGCAGGUGCUGGUGGGACUGGUGCAGGGGGUGUUGGGGGUCCCCAUGGAAAGGAUGGUCUGCCAGUUGGAGCAGGUGCUGGUGGUGCAGGAGGAGUUGGGGGUCCCUAUGGGAAGGAUGGUCUCCCGGUUGGAGCUGGUUUUGGUGGUGUUAAUGCAGGGGGACCUGAAACUCCCUAUGGGAAGGAUGGUCUCCCAACUGGAGCAGGUGCUGGUGUUAGUGGUGCAGGGGGAGUUGGGGGUCCCUAUGGAAAGGAUGGUCUCCAAGCUGGGGCUGGUGAAGGUGGUGUAGGAGGACUUGGAGAAGCUUUGUAUGGUCCAGAUGGUCAGCCACUUGGAGCAGGUGUUGGUGGUGCAGGUUCUGCAAGUGCCAGAGGAAUUGGAGCUCCCUAUGGAAAGGAUGGUCUGCCAGUUGGAGCAGGUGCUGGUGGGACUGGUGCAGCGGGUGUUGGGGGUCCCUAUGGAAAGGAUGGUCUGCCAGUUGGAGCUGAUGUUAGUGGUGCAGGGGGUGUUGGGAGUCCCUAUGGAAAGGAUGGUCUCCCAGUUGGAGCAGGUGCUGGUGGGACUGGUGCAGGAGGUGUUGGAGCUCCCUGUGGAAAGGAUGGUCUGCCAACUGGGAGUGGUGGUGGUGCAGGGGGAUUUGGAGCUCCCUAUGGGAAGGAUGGUCUCCUAGAUGGAGCUGGUGUUAGUGGUGCAGGAGGAGUUGGGGGUCCCUAUGGAAAGGAUGGUCUCCCAGUUGGAGCAGGUGCUGGUGGUGCAGGGGGAGUUGGGGGUCCCUAUGGAAAGGAUGGUCUCCCAGUUGGAGCAGGUGCUGGUGGUGCAGGGGGAGUUGGGGGUCCCUAUGGAAAGGAUGGUCUCCUAGCUGGGGCAGGAGCUGCUCAUUUUCCUCUUGGAGGUGAGAAAGUGAUGGGAUCUGGCAGUGGCACAGAUGCCACACUGAGCAGAGCUCCAGGAUAUGCAGGUGGAGCAGGAGGAGAGGGCUUUUCCAGGGAAGGCUCUGCACUGUGGGGUGCAGGGUCUCCCUAUGGCGAGGACAGGGGGUCAGCUGUAGCCACGGCUGGUGCAGGUGGAGUUGGGAGGUUGGGAGGGGAUGAAUGGGAUUCAGUCCGUGGUAAAGGAGGUGUGGAAGCUGCUGGUGGACCAGGUGGUGAAUAUGGGCUGGAUGCACAUCUUAGCAGAUCUUUGAGCGGUGAAACUGGAAAGGGCACCGCCAGUGAUGCCAGAGGGCCAGGGAACAAAGGUUCAGCUGGUGACAGAGGGUCCCUGUCAGGUCCAGGAGGAGCCAGGGGAGAGGGCAAAGAUUUCACACAGUUGGGCUCCCUUUAUGACACAAAUUCUGCCUUUGGAGAGGCAGGGAGUAAAUCCCAUGACAGAUCUGUUGACAGGAGUAGUUCAGGUGGGUUUGGUCAAGGUCCACUGAGUUAUGGCCAGAUGUCAGGUCCUUUUGGUGGACCUCCUUCAGCAAACCAGAAAAACCAGGAACCUGACCUGGAUCUUAAAGCAAAUGAUUCCCUGAAGAACACGGAAAACACAGCACAAAAAAGACGGAGUGUCCUGGAUGAUCUCAAAGUCCCGCGCUGUUACCUCAACAAGCAGCUGGCAACCGUGCGAGUGCUGAAGGGGGACCCAGCUGAGCUGUCCUGCACUGUCAGCAAGGACAACGUGACGGGAACCUGGUUCAAGGACGGACUCAAGUUAACAAGCAUGGAUGGAGUUGUCUUUGAAAAGAAAGGUCUUGUCCACAAACUGAUCAUCAACAAGGCUGAAGAUAUUCAUGCUGGGAAAUACAGAUUUGAAGGUGGAGAUGUAAAAACUGAAGCUUCAAUUUUUGUUGAAGAUCCUCCCCAGGUGGACAAAGUUCUCCUCAAGAACUUGACCAGUGUCCCCACAGUGGCCAAGGCCGGGGAGGGGGUGAAGCUGCGGAUCCCCUUUGAGGGCCGGGGGCCCAUCAGGGCGGCGUGGCUGAAGGACAGGAUGGAGCUGGGGGAUGACACCAGGAUCCGUGUGGACAAGACAGACACCUGCACCACACUGUCCAUCUCCAGCUGCGACAGGAGGGACUGUGGGGAUUACAAAGUCAGGCUCAAGAACGACAGUGGUGUCCUGGAGAUCAACCUAAAGCUCCUGGUGAUAGACAAGCCACAGCCUCCAGCAGGACCCAUCAAAAUUGUAGAAAGCUCUGCCAACAACAUCACGAUCCAGUGGAAGCCCCCAAAGGACGAUGGGGGCAAACCAGUGCAAAGGUACCUUGUGGAGAGGCAGCAGGUGGGCAGGAACGACUGGGAGACUUUGGGAGAAACCCCCAGGAGCUGCACCAGCUUCACCACGAGCAAAGUGGAGGAAGAGAUGAGCUACUACUUCAGGGUGAGGGCCGUGAAUGCUGAGGGAGCGAGCGAUGCACUGGAGUCAGGGGAAGUGAAGGCUGCUGGUAAAGCUUCCCCUGGUGCCCCAGAUCCCCCCGAGAUCAUCAGUGCCAGCAGGGACACCAUCACCAUAUCCUGGAAAGCUCCUUGUAAAACUGGCACUUCCCAAAUUAUGGGAUACAUUGUUCAGAAACGCAAGAAGGGCACUGUGACCUGGUUGCCAGUCAACAACGUGCCUGUCAAAGACAAGAAACUGAAGGUGACCAGCCUCAAGAAGGGUGUGCAGUACGAGUUCCGCGUGGCAGCUGUCAACGCUGCUGGCACAGGACAGCCCAGUGACCCCUCAGAGCCUGCCUUUGCCCGGGACCCCACCAAAUCUCCAGGCCAAGUGCAGGACCUUAAAGUGAGCAGCAGUGACAGCACCAGUGUCACCUUGACAUGGAACAAACCUGAAGUACAAGACGGGAAUGAUGUGAAAGGCUACGAGGUGGAGAUGAGGCCCUGUAACAGCCUCAGCUGGACCAAGUGCUUCACCCUCCCUGCGGAGAGCACCUCGUGCAGGGUCCAGGGCCUGCGGGCCAGGGAGAAGCUGUUCCUGCGCGUCAGGGCCCUCGGCCACGGCGGCCCCGGGGAGGCCUCGGAGCUCGAGGCGUGCGCUGGAGCUGCUGCUGCUGCCGUGGUCUCUCCCAGGUUACUGAUAGAUGACACAGUGAAAAGCUUCCUGGUUAUAAAAGCAGGGAAUCCCAUCCGGGUGAAGAUUCCCUUUGAGGGAUCUCCGGAGCCAGUGGUGACCUGGUUAAAGGAUGGGCUCCCCCUUCCCAGCCGGGCUGCCGUGAGCACCGAGGAUGGCAGCAGCCAGCUGCUGCUCAGGGCAGCCGAGCUCAGUGACAGCGGCACCUACACCGUGCAGCUUGGGGAUGGGCUGGGCAAAAGGGAAACCUUCAGCUUCCAGGUGCAGAUUACAGAUAUCCCUCAGCCCCCUGGAGCCAUCCAGCUGGAGGAGAAUGUGCCCAACACAGUGACAGUGACCUGGGACCCCUCAGCAUCUGAGCAGUGGGAGAAGAACCUGUAUUACACUGUCCUGAAACGGGAAUCCCAGAAGGGCCUGUGGCAUGUGCUGGGGGACCUGAUCUACAACAACAAGUUCACCUUCACCAGGGUGGUCCCAGGCAGGGAUUACUACUUCAGGGUUGUGGCAAAAAAUGACCUGGGAGUCAGUGAUCCAUCAGAGACUGUGCAGCCCUGGAGGAUCUGGAAAAAAAAGGCUGAAUUUCGAGUGAAAACACAGAAAUACAGGGGAGUUAACCAGAACCAGCCCCCGAGGUUCCUGGUGCCCCUGAAGUCCCACGUGGUGGUGACAGGCAGCGAGUGUCGCAUGAGCUGUGCUGUUGGAGGCCACCCCCCACCAAAAAUCACAUGGUACAAGGACAGCAGAGACCUCUCCAGAGAUCCCAACUACUUCUGCACCAACGACUUCGGGGUGUGCUCCCUGGUGGUGCUGGGGGUCACCAAGCAGGACGCAGGGGAGUACAUGGUGGAAGCCAGCAAUGAAGUGGGCCGUGCCUUCAGCAAAGCCUUCCUUGCCAUCAAAGACUCCUCCCUGUAGCGUGGCCCUGCUGAGAACAUCCCUGCCUGGCUCUGAGGAUGAGAAGGUUCUGGUGAGGACUCCUCCAUAUGAAGGCUGUGCAUUUAUUGUCAGAUGUUCUUCACAGUCUGAGGGUGUUAUUUUUCAGAUCCAGCAAUUGCAUGUUGAACAUGAUGCUGCAUUGCCAUCAAUACUGGGGGAAAAAAGCUUUAAGAGCACUGUUUUGGUUUGUUUUUUUUCAAUAAUCAGGCUUUCUAUGAGACCUUUAAAACACAGCUUAGAAGUUUCAGGAACACAGAAGAUGAGAGGAAAAAUAAUUGGCCAAAAUGAAACUUUCUGUGGAGAACACAGGUGGGUGGGAGAGACCAUCCUGCCACACCACUCACCCACAAUAAGGACAUCAGGGAUCUCUGGUUCUUUCACAUAUGCUUUUUCAAACCAGAACAAUCACUUUGGAUUCCUUGUGAUUCUUUGCAGGUUUCCCAAAUCUGGCAAAAGCAGUUCUGCAUAUGUUGUACUACCAGUAGCUGCUAAGUAGAUUAUCUUCCCUAACCCCUAAGUUUAAAAGAUCUGCCUGCUCUGGGCAGGAGAUGAAAUCUCAGACCAGCCUGGCAUGGCAUAGGUGAAGCUCCCAGUGAAAAUGCACUGGUAGGAAGGACUGGCAGUCUACAACCAGUGUGUGAGCAAAGCAACUCCCAAAACCCACAACACGUGCUGUACAAAGGCUGUGCCAGUCCUGAAUCACCCCCAGCAUCCCCUGUGCAUCCCAACUGCACUGGUCAUGGUACUGCGGGAGCUUUUCCCUUGAGCAGAAAGAGGUAAAAAAUCCUUCCUGUCUGACCAGAAACACGGGGGACUCCCAGGGACCUCCUGCCACAGCCAGGGGUCCCCAUCACCUGGCCUGGACAGCAAAAUGUUCUGGUGGCUGUGGGAGGGUGUCACAGCCAGAGCACCAAGGGUACUUUGUGACAGGAGAGAGCAGAGCCAAACACAGCUGUGGGGCUGGAAUGUUCUUGGGAUUACAUUUUGUACAAUGUUGUACAGAUGUAGCAGCAGUAGAUAAUGAAAUUAAA